AUGAGAGAACUGGGAAUGAUGGGCUCGGGCUCGUUCCACAUCGGUAGGGUUAAACUGCAGGGAGAGUGCGUCCAGCUUAAGAUUCUUGGCUCCAGGACACGUGAAGGGGUGGACGGCUCACUCCAGCCAGUGCCUCCACUCAUCAAGGGCCAAGGGAAGGUGAAGGUGAAGGUCUUGGAACAGGUCCAGGAUCAGCUCAACAAUCUCUUAGACCAAGCCCUAACUGAGUCAGUCCAGCCCUUCACCCUGAGGAAACAGUCAGUGGAUAAGAUGACAAACAGCCCCAAAUCCAGUGAGUUGUUUGAGAUCAGUCACAUCAGAACCAUCUACCACAUGUUCAUAGCCGUGCUCUUCAUCUUCUUCAUCAGCACACUGGCCGUUGACUACAUUGACCAGGGCAGGCUGGUGCUGGAGUUUGACCUGCUUUUCUAUGCCUUUGGGAAGCUUUGGACAGUUGCCUGGGCCUGGAUGACAAUGUUUGCCUAUACACUGUUUGUUCCCUACUGCUCCAUGGGCAUCUGGGGAGCCUUUUACCACCACACCCACUCUAAAAUGAGGCUGUCUCUGGGGACGGGGCUGGUCCUGGCCACCCUUCAGUCCUGCGCGCUGGGGCUUUUCCCCAUCUAUGUUGUCAUACACAAACAGCUGCCUCCGGCCUCACGCUUCAUUGUCACGCUGGAACAGAUUCGAUUCUUGAUGAAGAGCUACUCCUUCAUAAGGGAAAUCAUUCCUGUUAUCUUGAAGAACAAGCCAAAGGAAGGAGAGGCCCCCAGGUUCCCCACAUUAUCCAGUUAUCUCUACUUCCUCUUUUGUCCGACACUCAUCUACAGGGAAUCAUACCCUCGGAAUCCUCAUAUUAGAUGGGAUUACGUUGCUGUCACAGCGGGCAAGAUCCUGGGCUGCCUGUUCUACGGCUACUUCAUCCUGGUGCGUCUCUGUGUACCUGUCUUCAGGAACGCAGCCAACCAGCCUUUUAGUGGAAGAACACUGGUUCUGGCCCUUUUCCAUUCAACGCUACCAGAUGGCAUGCCUGGAGGGAUGGGAGUGUGGUGGGGGAUUGUGUAUGGAUCUGUGGGGAGGGACUGGUGGAACUCUACAUCCUUUGCCAACUAUUACCGUACCUGGAAUGUAGUGGUUCAUGACUGGCUCUACUACUAUGGAUACAGGGACUUUCUCUGGCUGUCCGAAAGGAAAUUCCGAACAGCUGCCAUGCUUUCGGUGUUUAUUGUCUCGGCCGUGGUCCAUGAGUACGCCUUCACCAUGGGAUUUGGCUUCUUCUACCCUGUUAUGUUCUGCCUCUUUGCUGUGUUUGGAGUGGUGUUCAACUUUACAAUGAAUGACAAGCGGCAGAGUCCCAUAUACAACAUCAUCAUGUGGACCUGUCUUUUCAUUGGCCAAGGAGUCCAGGUGUGCCUGUACUGUCAGGAGUGGUACGCCCAAAUACACUGCCCUCGCACAGGGCUGUGA